UUUCACUCGUCCACAUGGCACCUCAUUGAUGGCUUCACUCGUUAGCUACUUCACUCUCAUUCAUACCCAACACCUGACUCACCCACUACUUUACAACCUCACUCGCAUCUGACUGGUCUGUUCUGGCCUCGAAAAAGUCGCGACCAAGAUCAUUUGGUGGCCUGCGCAGUUUCUCCAGCCCGGACCUCCGCGUAGAAUUCGCCCACACCACAACAAAUCACUGCAUGCCCGUCCACUCACAGGCACAAACACCAUAAUACAGUUCCAGCUCCAGCUCCAGCUACACGUCGCCUCCCAUCAUACACCACUGACACGUCUCCGAUAAACAAUCCUACUUGUCAACAGCCCAGCCAUCAUGCAGUUACUUGUUCAACUCUGAACUGCCCUGGACCUGGUCCAAAUCUAUACCUGACCCUCUUCCUCCCACGGUUUGACUUCGAGGGUCAAUCCCAGUGCCUUCUCUUUACCAGACUGCACACAUCUAAGAAUAAUAUUCCAUAUCCACAACCACUACCAGAACCAAAACCAAACCACCAACCCGACAUGGAGUCUUCGUAUUCCACCCCGACAGAUGCCAUCACCCCAGUCUCCCGCUCUUCAACGUCUUCCACCCACUUAUCCUCCCCCACAGCCUCUGUCUUCUCUCGUGGCCAUUCGUCCAAAGGCUCAGGUUCCUCCAUAGCAUCAUCCCCCGUUCAGCGAGACUCCAUCGAGAUGUAUGGUGCUCCUAAACGCCUCGAGGAUGUCACCGAAGAACCCCAGGAGAGAUAUGAAUUUGCUGGCUACACAUUGGUCAACGAUCGCUCCUAUGAUCUAGUUGACUACGACAAGGCUUUUGCCGAUGAUCAUGCUCGAAAUUCCCCUCCUCUAUCCCCCACCCAACUGGCCUGGAAGUCUCCCGAAGACGAUGACUGCUCCACCACGCCCUCUACUCCCCGACAUCACAAGCGACCCAGGUCAAUGGACCCAACCCCUCUUAGCACCACCCAUCGCCUCAGCAGUCGAUUAGGCUCGAUCUCACGACGGUGGAGAAACAGAUCCGCUGCUGGGCCGCAAUUGUCCAUCAUCACACAUAUGAACCCACCCGCUGCCCGAUCUGGCUCAUGGAACGAAGUCGAUAUCAUUAGCCCUGCGUUGAGCGCCAUCUCCAAGCAUGAGAGCUCCAUCCCACAUUCGCCUGUCCAGGCCAUGAGCAGUGACACCUCUCUCCAUCUCGAAAGCUUCCCCGUCGACAUUGAACAGAGACCAUCCCAGCCAGAGGAAGAAGACACUGUCCACGCGACCACUCCACUUCUGCCGCCCAUUAUGUUGGACUCGUUCCAGAGAGAACUCCCCAUCCAAUCCCCCCUUCAGUCUCCCUCCAUAGCGCCGACCUCCACCCUUAUCGGCUCUCGAACCUCUUUGGACACUCCUCUCUCGUGUCUUCCCUCUCCACCCUUGUCGACAAAGCCUUCUAUGGUGUCCAUGCACAACAGGUCACGAACAAGCACCAUUACUGGUGAACUGUCCCCCUUUCACAUGCUGGACGACUUGGCUGACCCAUGGUCCGCCAAGCUUGGACAUGCCAACUUCACCAUUCACCCAGAACCCUAUGUCCCCGACUCCAACACUCUCGAUAGCUAUAUCGAGUUUCGUGAAAACUGGAACCAGGCCCGAACAAACUAUGCCAAACACCUCGCCAGAACUGCCGAACACAACGGCUCCACAUCCAAGGUCUACCGCCUGACCGAGGAGAAGUGGGGUCAAGUCGACAAUCAGUGGAAAAGACAGCACGACAUGAUGAAAAAGAUUCUGGACCCCGUCUUGAGUCGUCUGAGUGAUGGCGGUUCGGACCAGCCAAACUCGACUGCUUCUAGUGCCGUGCUCGAAAAGUCACCCGCAAAGGUGAUUUUGCCCAUUAUCGACGACAAGUCGGGCAAGUUCCCCGAACUCGGCGAUAUGGAGAUCGUUGGACCGAUGUCAGUCGGUCCGCCGAGAGCAAUGCUGGACUCACACAAAGCAUUCGACAGUCGCGGUCAGCCAACCUCACCACACAAACGCAGCCUCUUCAAGGCUCUCUCCGAACUAUUACGCCACUGAAUCUGUACAGUCUCAAUUAGCAAGCUUGUACACAACCAUGUUUGAAUUUCCUCCCUGUACCAUGUUCACUCGGGGCUUUCCUACAGUACCAAGAAAUUUCGUACCUGUAUCACUUUUCGGCGGUCUCGGUUCAACAUAGACGAUACUGCAACCUUAACAAACCAGUACGUGGUGAGUGGGACGCCAAGCUGCGUCGCCAUCGCUCACCAUCCACCAACUACCCACUGUUGAUGGGCAUAUUCCCCCCUAUCAACCGGCGAGAGAUUAUUCAGUAUCAAGGUGAUAACGACGCUCCUUGAAUCAACAAUGAACGAAUAUGCAUAAUGCAUCAUGACUGGCACCUUCAGCACAACGAAGACGAAAACACUACCAUCCUUUAUUGGCGAAUCGAGCGUGGCGCGGAUUUUUCCAGUCAAUGUGAUUCAGAAUUUCCCCAAUGGCGGCUUUUUACAUCAUUUAACUACCUCUGGGAGGGAGAUGGGAUGUAUCUAGCGCAGUCGAUCGAAUGGACAAAUAGUUGACAUUCGUGGGACCGGUUUCAGGGCUUAACAAGCAUUAUUCACGCUGUCAAAAUUAGAGAAGUGAUCUGCAGCAUAGACACCAAACUAUC